AUGUCAGAUUGUGAGUAUACAGGAGAUAAAGAUGGAGCUCAUGCAGUCGCCGAGGAUGGAAGGACAGGCUAUAUUCAACAUAUGGCUAUAGCCGACUUUAUACAACGGUACCGUGAUAUAUCAUUUUCCAAAGACAGCAAAGUAUCACCAACACAGGACAAUGCUGUUCAUAUUCUAAAUGACGCCGGCCUUGAAGGUGUUUUCAUUGAUGGUAACAAGGUAGCACUUCAACCUUGGCAAGGACCGUAUCUACAAGAGCUUGCCAACGCAAUACGUGAAAACCGUUCAUCUUGUAUUACACAAAACGUUAAAUGUCCACAACUUUUAACUCCAUCAGAGAUAUCAUACAACGAGAGCGCAGACGACACUUAUAAACAAACAGACGAACUGCAGAUAGAUGACCACACUGCAAGACAUGCACCUGCAAACCAAUCUGGCGACCCAAACUGGUCUUUAAAGCGUUCAUAUAUUAAAUACAACCGUAGUACAUGUAACAUUCAUCAUAGCAAGACAGAAGGUGAUAUAGAAGAGCAAAACUUCGCGACGAGUAACGCGUCAUUCAAUCUGGAACCUGUGGACGAUGAAUAUGACGGAAUGAUGUCCGUGGACGAUCACAGGACUAAUGAGACUGGCAGUGUGGAAGGUAUGGAGAUUGCUGGUGACAGAUUGACAAUGAAUGAUACACCUGUGGAGCAAGCACAAGAACCAGUGGAACAUACAGACUCUACCAGCAUGGUCUCGGAAUGGAUUGAGCACAAUGCGUAUUCAAACAAUACCGGAUUUCGCGAUCAGACAAAAGUUCACAACGAGGGACAGGUUUUAGAUCAACGCUGGUGGGAUCGGUUCCAGAUGAUGCCACGUGAGCAGACUUCAAACAGCGCCGCCUUCCAGACUGUUUUCAAAAUCUUCAAAGUCGUCUGCUACAUUUUCAUAAUGGUCAUGGUUUUAGGGUCUGCAGUGGUCAACAAAGUCUGCGUUCUAAUGAUGACUUCUAGUAUAACUAAGGAUCCUUUAACAGAGUCUAUGUGGCCAGUGAAGACGAUGUUACUGAUAAGUAUAUGUUUCCCGUAUUCCAUCUGGUUUUUGGUGUAUUCUGGGAAGUCUUUGUUCGGAAGUACAACAUGGCCGUCUUUGUCACUUUUAUCAUCGGUCCUUUUCAUUGAAUUGUUGCACACACUUGGUUUGAGUCUUCUUAUGUUCCGUGUGCUGCCUCUAUUAGACAUGAUGAGAGCUCUACUCGUUUUAGGAAGUAUUUAUACUGUGCCCGCUUUUCUGAAAACUAUUUUUGAAGGCAGAGACCCCAAUACAGGCUUAGCUAGAAAAUGUGCUAUUUUCUUUUUGAAUCUUGGAGCGUUUCUUAUACAAAUUGGAAGCAUUGUACUAUUCGAAAUGUUUCAAAUUACGAUGUCGCCGUCCGAAAAGUUAAGUAUCCGAAAUAGUGUUAUGCAGGAUGAUUUAUCAAUGGUUGUUCCACGUCCGGAAUUGGCGAAAGGAUACUUCCGGAACGAGGUUUUGUUUGAACUCCCAAUAGCACUUUUUCUCAUUUCAAUAUCUUACUGGGAAAAUUACGUUGAAGGAGAAUUUUCUAUAUUUGGAAAGACAAUGAAUUUUAAAAACUGGAAGAAACACUUGCAUCACGCAAGGGGGCGCCUCUACAUCUUUGCUAGUAUCUGGAAAGCAGUUUGGAUCGUAGCAUUUGCUAUUUUAUUACAACCAGGUUUUAACUUCAAUCUAAGUUAUACAAGUUCUUCCAAAGCAAAUAAUUCGAGCGUCGCGCAGGUAGAACCAUUAAUACAAGGUCAAGGUCAAGUUCAUCCAGAUGGUGCAAGGCUUGCUCGACGUGAGGCUAAUAGGGAUUCUUUUAACACUUCUUCAACGAUGAAAACACACAUAAUAAACUUUAUUACAGAGACAACAACUGCUUCAGCUGGGAAAAACGACUACGUUGGGGACACAACAAAGGAAAGAAAGGACAACCGUUCUAACUUGGAACAAAACAUGUUUUACUUCUCACCAGAAACAAUGCAACAUUUUGAAGAAUACGGAGUCCUUUAUAUACAGAUAAUAUCCAGUACCUUGCUUACGUACUUCGGAAGUACGGCGUGCAAGUUAUGUAUGCAGCUACUAGGAUUUUCACUGCCACUGUCUCUAACCACACCAUUAACUGUAGCAGUUGUCAUGCUGCAGAGUAUUUACGAAUUUCUUCCCACGGGUUCCUUCGUUUGGAUAGGUGUAGAGACCGGAAGUAGCACAUGGGUUUUGCAUCUUGCUUGGUUAGGAGUCCUGUGGUUGUCCGAGCUGUAUAUCACCUCCCAUAUUUGGUUUCCUGGUAACGGACGCAUGGAAAACAUUGACAGACUGUUUGUUACGCCUGUUCGAUGCGGUAUUUUUACCGACCAGUCCCUCAUUCUCCGCCGCCGACGAAAUGAUCAUGACGCUAGCUUGACGCCGGAUACUGAUGAUGACAGUUAUGACCCAGAUGCAGAACAAUAUAAGGCAGACGAUAUUGUUCCUCAGAUCUACGCAUGCGCAACAAUGUGGCAUGAAACACGUGCAGAAAUGACAAAUCUUUUAAAAUCUAUAUUUCGUCUGGAUAUAGAUCACAGUGGAAGGUAUCUAGCACAGAAGUUCUAUAAAAUAAGAGACCCAGAUUAUUACGAGUUCGAAGCACAUAUAUUUUUCGACGACGCCAUGGAGUUAUCGGACGACGACUUUUUAGUACCGAACAUGUUUGUUGCCGACCUGAUGGAGUGCAUAGACGAUUCAUUGAGUUCCGUACACGAACGUCAGAUGUCACUGGGACCACCGACAAGAACACCGACACCCUAUGGAGGACGCUUGACAUGGAAACUGCCCGGGGGUACACGGCUGAUCACCCAUCUUAAAGAUAAACAUAAAAUAAGACACAAGAAAAGAUGGUCUCAGGUGAUGUACAUGUACUAUCUCCUGGGGUACCGGAUUCUUGCUCAACCGGAAAAUCUACUGACCAAGGAUACGAUUGAGGGCUUCCGGUCCGACGGAGAGUUCAAAAGAGUAAGGCUUACGGAAGCACAGCUACGACGCCGUCGAAAAGCAGCACAUUUCACCAGAAGUGUAAUCUUUAACUAUGUGACGGAUGAAGUUCACACACAGGCAGAGAACACUUAUAUUUUGACGUUAGAUGGCGACGUGGACUUCCACCCGGAUGCGGUACGGUUAUUGAUCGACAGACUGAAAACCAACAAGAAAGUUGGAGCUGCAUGCGGGCGUAUACACCCUAUCGGCUCAGGACCUCUAUUAUGGUACCAGCAGUUUGAGUAUGCUAUUGGACACUGGCUUCAGAAGGCAACUGAGCACGUGUUUGGAUGUGUCAUGUGUGCGCCCGGAUGUUUCAGUCUCUUCCGUGGUUCGGCUUUGAUGGACGACAAUGUAGCUCGAACAUACGCCACCAGAGCAACAGAGGCCGGCCACUAUGUACAGUAUGACCAAGGUGAAGACCGGUGGUUGAGCACCCUGCUUCUACAGCAAGGCUAUCGUAUUGAUUAUUGUGCUGCCUCAGAUGCUUUGACGCAUGCGCCUGAGACCUUCUCUGAAUUCUUCAACCAGCGACGUCGCUGGGGCCCAAGCACGCUGGCUAACAUUGUAGAUCUGCUAGGAGGAUGGAAGGCAACAAUAACUAUAAACGACAACAUUAGUACGCUGUACAUACUCUAUCAAUUUUGUCUAAUGAUAUCGACAAUACUAGGCCCUGCAACAAUACUGCUUAUGUUAGCGGGGGCAUUUGUUGUUGUAUUUAAACUGACGGUUUUAGAAUCUUAUUGCUUAGCACUGAUACCCGCCAUUUUCUUUAUUGUCGUCUGCAUCUAUGCGAAACCAAAUACACAAAUGACGAUAGCAUCAAUAAUGAGUGCCGUCUAUGCGAUACUGAUGACAGUUGUACUGGUCGGCACCGUCGGACAGGCUAUAGAAGGUGGGGUUACCAGUCCUAACGUGGUCUUCAUGGUAAUGCUCGUGCUUAUAUUCUUCAUCUCAGCCGUGAUGCAUCCGGAGGAAUUCUUCUGUGUCAUUCCAGGCGCUCUUUACUUCAUCUGUCUUCCUACAGGAUAUUUGCUGCUGACAAUGUAUUACUUAUGUAACAUGAACGUGGUUUCAUGGGGUACUCGUGAGCUCCCAAAACGGAAAACAAAAGAACAGAUAGAAGAAGAAAAACGCAUUGCUGAAGAACACCGAAAGAAAAGGGAAGAAAAGAAAAAGGGAUUCCUUGGAUUGAUGGGGUUGAAUUCGUUCUUCAAAGAUCUAGGAGAAGUCUUUAAACAGAUCAGGACGGACGUGUCCCACUUUGAGAAAUCAAAAACAGACAUUUUGCUGGAGGAACUCAUCCAUGAAAUACGUAUAAGUAGAGAAAAGAAAGAAGACACAAUAUUGCCAGUGCACGUAUCUGAUAUAAGACAUGAUGUAGGUCAGUCUAAAGAAGAAUCGAAUAUCAAUCCAUCAACAAAAGAACUAGAAAAGGAGGAACGAGACCAAUCUGUGAAGCAUGAUGAACAAAACAUACCUUCUGAUAUAUGCGGAGAUGGUCCAAUAAAGGAUCUGAAUGAGAAAGAAAGCGUGUUCUGGAAACAAAUCAUUCACAAGUAUCUAUACCCGCUGAACGAGGAUAAGAUGCACCAAGAGAAAGUUCAGAACGAUCUGAAAAAUUUGAGAAACAAUGUCGUGUUUGGAUUUUUCAUGUCGAGCGCCCUCUGGAUUGCUCUUUCUAUGCAGCUUCAGAUAUUACAGGCAGACCUUAAGGAUACCUUAUUCUUCAAAAUUCCACGGUGGGAAGUUUCUGAUGAUCUUGCAUUUGAGCCGCUUGGUCUAAUUUUCCUUGCAUUCUUUGCUACUAUUUUGUGUGUUCAGUUUUUGGGAAUGUUUGUACACAGAUGGGGCACAAUGCUACACAUGUUGUCUAUCACAGAUAUUUCUUGCGGCAAAACAUUCACAGAAAAAGACAAAAUCAGAGAAAUAAUUUCAAAAUCGAUGGAGCUGCAGAAAUUAUGCAAUAUCGAAAACGAACCAACCCCUGACUAUGACGACCCAUUACAAGACUACGAAGAUGUAGAUGACGACGAAUUUUUCGAAUCCGAGUCCGUGAUGACUAGCGGUUCCUCUCCUUUGUCAACGCGGUCAAAUAACCCGCCAAUAUAUUUGCCAACGGCGCCAGCAGGGGUGCAGUUUAGACACGGCCGGCAAGAGAUUUUUAAUAGGCGUGGAAAUGCUAGUGGUGCUGCACUGCGUAAAGCGUUUGAAAAACGGUUUAGGAAUGAGAAACAGUUCCAAAAAUGGGAUACUGAUUUACCUGAAGAUGAACUAUUGUGCGGUAUCGGUGAAAACGGUGCAGCGUCCGUUGUAUAAAAGAUGCUUAUGAAAAAUAUUAAAUGCAAACAGUUAUAAGUUAUCUCGGUAAAAUCAUCUGUUGAAUACAGGAGAUAAGUGUA